ACAAGGAUUCUCACUGUGAAAGGUCAUUCCUUCAUUUGACCGUUAGACUGUAACAUUGUUUUUGAGAAAGGUAUACAAGGACAACCAAGUUAGCAUACACUAAAGUCAGUCAUGUCGGACAAUAUAGCGCUCGAAGAAAAGUCGAAGAUCAUUGACAAAAAAAAAGAUGAGCCGGAAGAUGGUGAUGUCGUCGAGCGUGAAGAGUGGGGAAAUAAAUUAGACUUCUUGUUAUCAUGUGUAGGUUAUGCAGUUGGGUUUGGAAAUGUGUGGAGAUUUCCAAAUCUUUGUUAUGAAAAUGGAGGAGGUGCUUUUUUGAUACCUUAUUUUAUUUUUCUGGCUAUAUGUGGAAUGCCACUAUUUUUCAUGGAACUGGCACUUAGUCAAUACAUUGGAUUGGCACCUAUAGGAUGUUGGAAAGCAAUAUCUCCUCUUCUGCAAGGUAUUGGAUAUUCCAUGCUGAUCAUUUCAUUCUUAGUUUGUGUUUAUUACAAUACAAUCAUUGCGUGGGUGUUUUACUAUCUAUUUGAAUCAUUUCGUUCUGAUGUGCCUUGGCGAGAUUGUAACAAUGAAUGGAACAAUAAAAAAGUUUGCUAUGCUGGUCCACCUGGUGAUGGCAAAAUAAAUAAAACAGUUUUCGAUAGAUUAACAAACACAACAUUUCAUGGAAUAUGUGCUGAGCAGUUUAAUCCAUAUUAUGGGUCAAUAGGUGCAUAUGCCGGCAAUGCUACAAUGUCCAAUAGCACAAAUACCACAGAACAAUUUUUGCACACGACCAUGUCAACCUUGGUUUCUAAUAGUACUAAUAAUACACAACGUUUCUUGGUUAACUGUACAUACAAUAACCCUGAACCUGUUUUGCCAGCUCAAGAAUUCUUAAACAACUAUAUUCUAAAUCAAUCAAAUGGUAUACAUGCACCUGGUGAAAUCAAAUGGGAGUUAGCUUUGUGUUUACUAUUUGCUUGGAUUUUUGUUUACUUUUGCAUUUGGAAAGGUGUAAAGUCUGUUGGAAAGGUUGUUUAUGUAACCGCCACAUUUCCUUACCUUGUUUUAUUUAUUCUGUUGAUCCGUGGCGUCACGUUACCAGGAGCAGGAAAAGGUAUACAAUACUACCUAAAACCAGAUUUUAAGAUGCUUGUCCAACCUCAGGUCUGGGUUAGAGCUGCUUCACAGAUAUUUUAUUCUCUUGGUAUUGGGUUUGGUUCUCUUAUUGCAAUGGGAAGCUAUAACAAAUUUAACAAUAACUGCUACAGAGAUGCAGUAAUGGUUUCAUUGAUCAACUGUGGUACAAGCGUCUUCUGUGGUUUUGUUGUUUUCUCAGUGCUUGGUCAUUUGUCGGAGGUGCUGAACCUUGACAUUGCUCAAGUAGCAGAAUCUGGACCUGGUUUAGUGUUUGUGGUCUAUCCAUCUGGAAUUGCCAGCAUGCCUGUAUCCACACUGUGGGCUAUUCUGUUUUUCCUGAUGUUGUUAACAUUAGGUCUUGAUAGUCAGUUUGCAAUGAUGGAAUGUGUGAUAUCGAGUCUUAGUGAUGAAUAUCCUAAAUAUUUACGAAAAUACAAAGAAGUUUUUAUCAUGGUGAUGUGUAUAGUCGCCUUCUUGUUGGGACUACCAACUGUUACACAGGCUGGUUCAUACGUGGUGGAGAUGUUCAACACUCAGGCUGGAGGUGUUUCUUUACUCUUUCUUGCGUUUUUCGAAUCUGUCGCAAUUGGAUGGGUAUACGGCGCAGACCGAUUGUUGGAAAACAUCGAGACUAUGAUAGGCUACAAACCUCACAAGUGGUGGGCCAUAUGUUGGAAGUACAUUUCACCCUUGCUGAUUUUAAUUACAUUUAUCUACGGCGUCACACAAUGGAAAGGUAUUCAGUUCGGAAAAAAUUACGUAUAUCCUGGUUGGGCUGAGGGAAUAGGUUGGAUGUUGGCUCUCGUAUCUAUGAUCUGCAUACCGAUUGGUAUGAUCUAUGUUGUAUAUACUGCAUCUUGUACCAGAAACUCUUUCUCACCGAACGAUACCAAGAAAGAUUGGAGAACGAUUUGGCAUGAAGUCAGUGUUCCGGAUGAAGCUGCUUUGAAGAAGAUUGAGUAUAGCCGUAUCGCAAGUCCAACUGAACAGUUAGUGGCAUAAGUUUCGUUAUACGAGAAACCGAACGUUGAUAGACAACGUGUUGUAACUUUUACCAGACAUUUGUUGGAUACUCUGUGGAGAUCCUAACUAAUAUUUAAUUAUAACAUAUAUUUGUGGGAAUAAAUUGAAAUUUUCCCUAUUUAAAUAUUUAGUUUUUUGACUAUUUCUCGAAAUAUGUCUACGAUUUUCUGUAGAUAUAUUUAAAAAACCUGCGGCGCUGACCAAAAAAAGACUGGAUAAGAGUGGGUACUCCUUUAUUCUGGUCUGUGAUUAACACGGUUGUACGUAUCAUUUUUGUUCUAUUUUUAUAUUAUUUUUAGUAUGUAGCGAAAUUCUUUUUAUGAGAAUGUAUUUGUAACUAAUUGUUCGAUUAAGCGCCGAAGAACUUUUUUUUAAAAAUAGAUAUAAAGUAUCAAGCUUAAUAGGGGGCGGGACUGUGUUGGGGCGUCAGCGUUUAUCCUCUGGCGUUACCACCUAGUUUUAAAUUUCGACUACAAUUGCCACACCUAUUUAAAGGCGGUGCCAAAUCGAAUAAUUAUAGUACGUAUUUUUCAUGUGUUCGCAAAUAAUUUUUAUUCCACAUAUUUAAAUGUGCUGUGUUAACAUACUAACAAGGUAACUCCUCGUGUAAAUAACUUUUUGUGACUUAAACCAUUUCUUCUCAGGAUGAAAUAUCUCGGUUAAGAAUUGACCAAUCAAAAUUGUCUUUCAGCUUUGCGUGAUAUAUAUUGCUUAACAGAAAAGUGCUCCUACGAUGGAUAUUGUUUCGUUUAUUCAAGGUCUUUUUCUGCAAAAACACUGCUUAUUUCAUGAUUAAAUAAGACAAAGUUUUGCAUGUGUUUUUCAAAGUGUGUAAGGUAUAUUUAUAUGAAACAGGUUUUAUACUUUUUUAUUUGUGGAAUAAAGUAAUUAACCAUGAUGUAACAUCAAUUUCAAUGAAAUAAAGUUAUCGCCUAACUGUUUAA